AUGCAGCAGCAGUUUACCUUUCUCUCUUCCUUGCAGCACAAACACGCAGCAGCAGAAGCAGCAGCAACAGCAGCAGCAGCAGGACGACCUAAUAGGUUUCGCCGCGGCCGCCACCGACGGGCUCGCCCCAAAACGCGGCUCCGGGGGAGCAGCAGCAUCAGCAGCAUCAGCUGCAGUGAAGGCAACGGCAGCAGCAGCAGCGACAGAGGCAGCAGCAGCAGCAGCAGGUAUGCCAGCAGCGCGCGGCAGCAGCAGAGCGUCAAGCAGCAGCAAAAGAAAGCGAAAGAUGUUUGGGUGUUGGAGGUGCCGGAAGACAUUCAGCAGCUGAUGGACUCUCUAGAAACAGCAGCAGCAGCACCAGCAGCAGCAACAGCAGCACGAACAGCACCAGCAGCAGCAGCAGCAACUGCUGCAGCAGCAGCAGCACAAACACAGGGAGGCGGUGUUGCGAUCGAUGCCGCAGCACGCAACACGCACCUGCUACCAGCCGGUCGCGGGCCUUUGGGUGCAGCAGCAACAGCAGCAGCAGCAGCAGCAGCAGCAGCAGCAUCUUCAACUGCUGCUACAGAUACCCAGAAGCAACGGGGUCGGCAGCACAAGUCGUUUCGCUUUGCUGCAAGCCGCAGUAACGGUGGCUGCUGCUGCAGCAGCAGCAGGAGCAGCAGGUGCUGUUUCGCUUUGCUGCAAGCCGCAGUAACGGUGGCUGCUGCUGCAGCAGCAGCAGGAGCAGCAGGUGCUGCUGCAGCUGCAGCGCCAGCUGCUGGGAGCUGCAGCAGAGACUCGCCCAGACAACGGCGAGUCUUAUAG